AUGGCAGAAACCGAUCCAGCAGCUACUGAGACCAAAGCAGCCAAGAAGAUAUCAGCAGCUAAACACAAGACAAUGGGCCCCAAGCAAGCUCACUGUAGAUCAUGGCAGAAACCGAUCCAGCAGCUACUGAGACCAAAGCAGCCAAGAAGAUAUCAGCAGCUAAACACAAGACAAUGGGCCCCAAGCAAGCUCACUGUGUCCGCAUCUAAGGAGAGGAAAGGCACCCUGGUCCAGACCAAAGGAACCGGCACCUUCAGCUCAUUCAAGCUCAACAAGAAACAAGCCGAGACCAAGACAAAACCCACCAAGAAAGCCACUCCUAAAGACAAGAAACCCGCAGCCAAGAAACCUGCCGCCACUAAAAAGCCCAAAACCACAGCAGCUAAGAAAUCCCUGAAGAAGGUAAAGAAACCUGCUGCUAAAAAGAAAAUGAAAAGGCCCUAG